AUGGCCUCAUUCGUCACUUUCCUACGCUUUCCCUCGCUUUCCUUCUCCCCAAACACUCUCCGCGUCUCACCCAAACGGUGCCGUUUCAAAGCUCAAAUUGCGGUCACCGAUGCAGAGAAGGCCGGCGUAGCCGUCGUUUGGUUAAAGCACGACCUUCGAAUCGACGAUCACCCAGCCCUCCUCGCCGCCUCUAACCACAACGCCGUAGUUCCUCUCUACAUCUUCGAUCAUCGCAUCAUCUCCCGUUUUUCCGAGAAAAUGAUAGAAAUGCUUGUGCUUGCUUUACAAGAUUUGAGAAGCUCGUUGAGAGAUAAAGGUUCGAACUUGAUGAUCAGGCUGGGGAGUGCUGAGAGUGCGCUACAAGAGCUUGUAAAAGAGGUUCAGCUUGUCACCACUGUCUAUGCUGAGGAGGAGGUGGAGUAUGGAUAUAGGCAGAUGACUGGUAGUGUCAAGGGCACCUUGGAAGCAAUGCCUUCUGCGCCCAACUUUGUGCUGUGGCGGACUCCGUUUUAUGAUGUGAAGAGUUUGAAAGAUAUUCCUGAUUCGUACAAUGAUUUUACCAAGCUUCGAUUACCGAUAACUUUGCCACUUCCUCCGGCAACAUUAACUGGUGGUGAAAUGGAAUUGGACUGGGGUGCUAUCCCCACAUUUGAUGAUUUGAUGGAGUUUGUGAAGGCAAAUCCAUGCAAAGUGGAAGAAAGUUGGGCUUCAACGAAGGAGAUGUUGACUGAAACAAUUCUCAUGAAGGAAAUUUUGAAGCCCGGAGGAAGAAAUACAAUCAAUUCGAGUUUUAGACAUGUCCAGGUCCAAUCAAAGAGACACGAGAAUUCUGUCUUUGUGAAAGGACAUUCUGUGGGAGGGGGGACAAGCAACAUAUUGAAAGCUUUGGCUGCGUACUUGCGAUAUUUAGAGGGAACAGAACGGGAUCACUACUGGAAGGAGGUACAUGAAAGGAUGCCUUAUGCUGAAAGUCGGAAUGGGGCUUCAUUUACUACACUCUUUGGUCCUGCCCUUUCUCUUGGCAUCCUAUCCAGAAGGAGAGUACAUUUUGAAGCUCUCAAGUAUGAGAAAGAACGAGAUUCUGGAUUUCUGUCUUCUUUUGGAUAUUCAUCCGCUACGGUUGCUACAACUGUUGAUUCAGUGUGCUCAAUGGAGUGGUAUUCGCUUGUGGCUCUAAAAAGUCAGAUAAAUGAUGACAGAAGAUAUCAUAUUCGUAUUUGGAGAUGGAAAGGCUAUCUAAUUCAGUAUACAGUUGUUGGUCAUGAAGGUCCUGCUACUCUUCUUGUUCAUGGUUUUGGAGCCUUCUUGGAUCAUUACCGUGACAACAUAUGUAGCAUUGCUGAAGGUGGAAACAGAGUUUGGGCCAUAACAAUUUUAGGAUUUGGCAAAUCAGAAAAGCCAAAUGUUGUAUACACUGAACUCAUGUGGGCUGAAAUGCUUAGAGAUUUCAUUAUUGAAGUUGUGGGUGAACCAGUGCAUCUUGUUGGGAACUCAAUUGGUGGUUAUAUUAUUGCAAUUGUCGCUCGUCUUUGUCCUGCUUUGGCCAAAUCUGUUGUUCUUAUCAACAGUGGUGGGAAUGUUAUUCCAGGAUAUUCCUCUGCGCUAUUCACCAAAGAGAGAAGAACUUCUGGUGCUUCAUGGCUAGGUGCUAAAUUCCUUUUGUUUUACUUAAGGUUGACUCUCAAGGACAUAGUGAAGAAUUGUUAUCCAGCUAAAACAGAGCGAGUCGACAAUUGGCUUAUUGAUGAAAUGCUAAGAGCAUCAUAUGAUCCUGGGGUAGCAGUGGUCCUAGAAAGCGUUUUUAGCUUCAAUCUCUCAGUCCCUCUAAAUUAUCUCUUGGAUGGAUUCGAGGACAGGGUUUUGAUUAUACAGGGAAUGAGAGAUCCAAUAUCUGAUUCCAAGUCAAAAGUGGCUAUGCUUAAAGAACAUUGCGCUGGGUUCAUAAUCAAGGAAUUGGAUGCCGGUCAUUGCCCCCACGACGAACUGCCUGUUGAAGUGAAUUCUAUUAUUCUUGAAUGGAUAGUGUCUCUGAGCAGCAAACUUCCGGUUGGCAGCUUUAAGUAG